GGUCAGUAGUAGAAAGUCAAAACCCUAUAACUAAAGCCCAAAGUUCGUUUCCGAGAUCGAAACCUUCGAUGUCUGCCGCCAGAUCCUUCCUCCGUUCCGGUGCCGGACGAGCCGCCGCUGCAGCAUUUCGGUCGACAAAACCUACGCCGUCGUCGUCUGCGCGGUCUUCUUCGUUUAAGAUUCCUCAACAGAGCCCACUCCCUCACCGCGUUUUCAGAUCUCCGGUAGAAUUGAGCUGCUGCGUGGAGACGAUGCUUCCGUACCACACGGCUACUGCUUCCGCCUUGCUCAAUUCCAUGCUCUCUGUUUCUUCCAGUCGCUCCGUUUCGACCCUCCUCCUCGGAGGAGAAGAUGAUAACUGAAGGACAAUCAACUUUAAUAUAUCAUUGAUGAUGCAUGAUGAUUUUCAAAUGGGAGAUUGUGUGUGGGAUUUUCAAAUGGAGAGUUGGGAGGAAUGAAUGCAGUUUUAGGCAAGAUGAUAAAGUGUUGUUUUUUUGUGUGUAAAGAAUCUUAAGUGACAGUAAAUUGAGUAUGUUUCUUCUUAGGUCAUAAGAUCUACCUUUUAGCC